AUGACGAAAAUGUUUUUGAUAACAAUGUUGGCUUUUAUCGCAGCAGUUUCUGCUGAGCCGUAUAUACCGCCACUGCCCGUAUUCCCUGCAUACAGCCCAGCAUACAGUCCAGCGUAUAGCCCAGCAUAUAGCCCCGCAUACGCUCAACCGAUACUGUCGAGUGCGGUCGCAACGCCCUUAGCUGCUCCUUACUCCGCUGCGUAUCCCCGAGCAGACUUAGCAGCCUAUGCUUUCGGAGAAUACAGUUUACCAAAUUAUGCACCUUUGGCUUCCGCGUAUCCACUGCCAGCAGCGUACACAUAUGAAUAUGUUUACAGACGAUAA